CCUCGCGCGGGGGGUGGCGAAGCGGCCGCAGAGCCAGAGCGGUAUGUGGGCGCUCGGUCGGCGCGCGGCCGUGGGCCUGCUACCCCGAACGGCGUCCGGGAGACCGCACGGGAGGGAGCCGAUCGCAGCGUGGGUCCCCCGAGGCCUGCAGUUCACAACCAACGCGGGCUCGGCCGGCCGCCACUCCAGUUCAAACCUCUGCUACCUCAGUCAGAUUCUGAACAUCAAAAAGCAGAGUGUCUGCGUGGUGCCUUUGAGGAACUCAGGAACUUUGGACCACCCAAGCUCUCUAGACGAGACGGCCUAUGAAAGACUUGCAGAGGAGACGCUGGAUGCCCUGGCAGAGUUCUUUGAAGACCUUGCAGACAAGCCCUAUACCCUGGAGGACUACGAUGUCUCCUUUGGGGGCGGCGUGCUAACCAUUAAACUGGGUGGGGAUCUAGGAACCUACGUGAUCAAUAAGCAGACCCCAAACAAGCAAAUCUGGUUAUCGUCUCCCUCCAGUGGCCCCAAGCGCUAUGACUGGACCGGCAAGAACUGGGUGUACUCCCACGACGGCGUGUCCCUGCAUGAGCUGCUGGCCAGGGAGCUGACUGCAGCCUUAAAGACCAAACUGGACUUGUCUUCAUUGGCCUAUUCUGGAAAAGGCACCUGACCAUGAAGGCACCUGACCAUGCACAAAUUCAAAGACAUUAAAGCUGUAUCAGGCCAAGACCUCCA